CCUGAUCAAGCCGUGAUAAGGGACCGAUCUUCCAAAGGCGUCCGUUUCAAAUCUUGAAAACCCAGCUUAUUAAUAAAAUAUCGCGAUAAUAACCGCGAGUGGGAACCCGAGAUUGGCGUUCCACACCGAAUUGUCAGUCUUGCCGCGGCAGCGCUACUCCCAGCAGUUCGCCAGUCGCCUCUCCCAUCCGAGCCAUGAAGUGCGCCCGUCGUAAUGACAGUGUAGGCCCAAAUUGCUCCCAAUCUUCCAAUAAUGGAGCCUAGAGCCGCCGCCGCUCUCCAGUUCAACGCGAGCCGAGGCCACAAAAUGGACGCCGUCCCGAAGCGCCUCAAGCCGGAGCCCGAGGAGGCCGAAGCGGGCCCGCGGGCGCCGUCGCCGAGCUUCCGGCGCGAGAACAGCACCAGGUCCCUGCGGUCGGCCUACGUCGGCGACGCCAAGACCAGCAGCGAGUCCGGCAGCCACCUCUCGAAGCCGCUCUCCGACGCGGCCUCGGUGCGCUCCUGGGCCUCCGUGGGGAUGGGCUCCACCGACGGCAGGAAGAUGAUCGUGCGGAGGGUGCCCACGUCGCCCGUUGAACUCUUCAACAUCGUCAAUCCGCCGACGCCCCCCGAAGAAUAUUUAUACGACGGCGAGAGUGACGACGGCAGUGGCGAUGACGAAGACAGCGUCUAUAUUAAACCACGAAGACAAACAUGGUCCAACAAGCUCCAAUUCGUCCUGGCCUGUGUGGGCUACAGCGUCGGCCUAGGAUCGGUCUGGAGGUUUCCGUAUUUAUGUUACAAAAGUGGUGGAGGAGUGUUUCUCAUCCCUUACGCGAUCAUAAUGAUAGUCUGCGGCGUCCCCAUGCUGUACAUGGAGUUGAGCGUGGGCCAGUACACCGGCCGCGGCCCCAUCGGCGCCCUGGGCCACCUGUGCCCCCUUCUGAAAGGAACCGGUCUAGGUAGCGUAGUCAUCUCAUUUCUCAUGUCAACCUACUACAGUGUGAUAAUAGCGUACGGAAUUUACUAUUUCUUCACUUCGUUCAAAGCGAAACAGCCGUGGGAGGACUGCUCCCACCGCUGGAACACGGACGAGUGCUGGGUCCCCGGCAAGUCCUCCCCCAGCAUCGCCAAGCCCAACGACAGCCAGACCCCCGCCGAGCAGUUCUACGACAAAAAGGUCCUCCAGAUCGGCGACGGCAUCGAGGACUUCGACAGCCUGCGCUGGGAGCUGGUCGCCUGCCUGCUGUGCGCCUGGGUGAUGGUCUAUUUCGCGAUCUGGAAGAGUAUUAAGUCCUCGGCCAAAGUGCGGUAUUUCACCGCCACGUUGCCCUUCCUGCUCAUCAUUGUCUUCCUCGCCAAGAGUCUGACGCUGGAGGGGGCCGACAAAGGCAUGCGCUAUUUUUUCAAGCCCAAGUUCCAGCUGCUCCUAGAUGCCAAAGUGUGGGUCAAUGCCGCCGCCCAGACCUUCAAUUCCAUGGGCAUCGCCUUUGGUUCGAUGAUCUCGUUCGCCAGCUACAGCAAAUACAACAACAACAUCCUGCACGACACUCUGGCCGUGUCGUUUGUCAAUGCCAUAACGAGCCUUUUGGUUGGGAUUUUCGCGUUCGCGACCAUCGGGAACAUCGCCUCCGAGCAGGGAACGUCGAUCGAAGCCGUCAUCGAUGAUGGUCCCGGCUUGAUUUUCGUGGUGUACCCCCAGGCCAUGGCCAAAAUGCCGGCAGCGCAGCUCUGGGCCGUCCUCUUCUUCUUCAUGCUGAUUUGCCUGGCUCUGAACAGCCAAUUUGCGAUUGUUGAAGUCGUGGUGACUUCCAUUCAGGACGGCUUCCCGGCGUGGAUCAAGAAGCACCUGAUGUGCCACGAGGUCCUGGUGCUGAUCAUCUGCGUUGUCUCGCUCAUCUGCGGACUGCCGAACGUCACGCAGGGCGGAAUUUACUUCUUCCAGUUGAUAGACCACUACGCCGCGUCGAUUUCCAUAAUGUAUCUCGCGUUCUUCGAAGUGAUUGCAAUUGCGUGGUUUUACGGCGUGACGAGAUUGAGCAAGAACGUGAAGACAAUGACUGGCCGCCAGCCAAGUCUCUAUUUCAAAUUCUGUUGGCUGAUCGCAACCCCGCUUAUGAUUUUCUCCGUCUGGGUCUUCUGCAUGAUCGACUACGAGUCACCGACUUACAACAACGGGGAAUACCACUACCCGAUUUGGGCCAUUGUGAUCGGCUGGAUCAUCUCGGCUUUGUCAAUUCUAUGCAUUCCGAUUUACAUGGUGUACGUGUUUAUGAAAUCUCCCGGCAAUACGUUCAUGGAGAAAUUGAAAAGUAGUUUGAAGUCGGACCUCCUCGACAAGUGCCCCAAGUGCGAGGAAUUCGACUGCGAAUGCGUGGUGAAAGAGGGCGAGAUCGAGCCGAUGUUGGUGAUGCACAAGCCGGAUUCGAAAGACUCCAACUCCACGAGCGUGCCCUUCUACAUUCCCCUAAGCCGCGUCCCCACGGUCCAUAAAUUCGAUUUGGAGAAAGUGGCCGUGCAAAGGCCCCUCUUUUUGAACAUCGAUAAAGUCCAGCGCCACAAACUGGACAAUUCGAAGGAAGACGUCCUCAAAAAUAGUGUUCAAAACGGGACGAUACCCGAAGAAGACAGGUUGCAGGCCGAUGAUCUAGCGUCCGAUAGUACAAAUACCGAAGUUCAGCAAGAAAAAGAUUACUCGUCUCAUUCAAACAUACACCUUGUGGCGGCUGAUGCAGCGAAUCAGUUGAAAACGUGUGAGAAGGGAGAUGGGGAAGUGCAAGCGAAUGGAGGUGAAUGUGAUGGCGCCAAAGAGUAGUGGUUUCGCGUGACCAAUUAACAUUCCCUUAAUUAAGCUCAUGAUUAGUCUAGUUGUAAAUUCAUUAUAAAUGAAACAAUUGUGAUAUAGGUAGAGUUUUAACUUAAAUUGGACCUAAAUACGUAAUGUAUCAAAUUUCAAACAAUAAAUCAGCAAUCACGAGA